AUGGACGGGGUAUGUCCGUUACCCACUACCGGUACUUCUUCUCAAAUUUUUGCAAAUGCUUUACAAUUUUUCGCUAGUACACAAUGUCUCAUUACGGAAAACUGGCCUCUAGACGCCGAGAUCCCAAACCACGCACUGUUUGAUUUUAUAAUAGUGGGGGCAGGUUCGGCCGGUUGUGUGCUUGCUAAUCGUCUCAGUGAAGUGGAAAAGUGGAAGGUACUGCUCAUAGAAGCAGGGGAUGAUCCACCAGUUGAAAGUAUUAUACCCGCAUUGAACAGAGGCAUAUUUGGUACAAAAUACGACUGGCAAUAUUAUACUGCCAAGAAUAAUCGAACAAAUAAAGCAAAUGUUAAUGAAACUGUUUACUGGCCAAGAGGAAAAAUGCUUGGAGGCAGUAGCGGAAUCAAUGCUAUGUUGUACGUCCAUGGAAAUGACUAUGAUUACAAAUUAUGGUACGAUCAGGGAAAUAAAGAAUGGCACCCAAACAUUGUACGUCGAUAUUUUAAGAAAGCCGAGAAACUACAAGCUCAGCAAUUAUUAAAAGAUACAAGAAUUGCAGAAAACUAUGGACGGCAUGGACCAUUAAAUAUAGAUAUCUUCAACAGUACAAUUAGGACUAUUACUGAAAAUAUCGUGGGUUCUUGGAAUGAAAUUGGUAUUAAAAAAGUUCCUGAUUUAAAUACGGCAAACGUUUUAGGCUCGGGCAUAAUUACAGCAACAGUUUCAUAUGGUCAGCGUGUUAGUACAGCUUCAGCAUAUCUCAAUACUGCACGCAACAGACCUAACCUUCACGUAAUAAAGAAUAGUUUUGUUACUAAAAUCUUGCUAUCGCAUGGUAAGGCAAAAAAGGCGUAUGGUGUAGAAGUAGACCGAAAUGGGAAUACAAUGACAUUUUUGGCUAACUUUGAAGUCAUUGUUAGUGCUGGGACAAUAAAUACACCCCAGUUAUUAAUGCUAUCCGGAGUGGGGCCAAAGGAACAUUUGAUUUCAAAAGACAUUCAGUGUAAGGUAAACUUACCAGGUGUUGGAAAAAAUUUGCAAGACCACCUUAUAGUACCUGUUACAAUUUAUGGAGAUCAACCUGAAGAAACUGAUACCAUAAAACAAUAUUUCGAAAGUAUACAAUACCUUUACGAAAGAAAGGGUUAUUUAGGAGAAACUAGUGUAACGGAUGCAUUAGCAUUUUAUUCUUUGGACAAUAAUGCCACCUAUCCACUGUUUCAAAAUCACGUCAUUAUAUUCCCGAAGAAUUCAUCAAAUGUGCAAAUGUAUUUAAAUAAAAUUGCAAGAUACAAAAAUGUUGUGACAGAGUCUGUACUUGAAAAUUCGCGAAAUCACGCUUUGUAUUUGUUUUUGUUUAAUCUCUUGCAUCCAAAGUCAAAUGGAGAUAUUCUUUUGAAAUCAUCUAACCCAACAGAAUAUCCAUUAAUUAAUGCAAAUUAUUUUAACGACGCAAUGGACUUGGAAGCAGCAGCUCGCGGAAUUAAGAAAAUAACUAAACUAGUGAACACUAAAUACUUUCAAUCGAUUGGUGGAUAUCUAGGAAGAAUGCGAUGGCCUGAAUGCGACAAUUUUGAAUUGGACAGCUUAGAUUAUUGGAAAUGUAUUUGUAUUAACAUGGUAAUUACCGUUUACCAUCCCGUCGGCACUGCCAGAAUGGGAUCAGAUCCUAAUACCUCUGUAGUUGACAGCCGGCUUAGGGUACAUGGUGUAAAAAGUUUAAGAGUAAUUGACGCCAGUGUAAUGCCAAACAUAACUAGCGGUAAUACUAACGGUCCGGUCAUUAUGAUUGCUGAAAGAGGAAGUGAUAUAAUAAAAGAAGAUCACUAUUAAUCUAUAACGACAUUACACUUUACGAAUUUUAAUAUAUCUUUUCGAACUUUUCAGUUUUAUCUCAAACUCACGACUAAUUUUUUGUCCCCUUAACGAUAUAUUUUAGAAACACAAAUUGUAAAUCAAGUACAUAAAAAUUGUAUAAUAGUGUCAAGUAUCAGAACGUAAAUUUACUUACAAAUCAGGGUAAAAUUAUCUAAUUUACCUCGUUAUUAGCACUGUUUCUUAUGAUUAAAAUAUUUACCCGUUAUGGUUUUUGUACUAAUUUACAUCAUUAUUACCACUGUGCUUUGCGAUUGCAAUACUCGUUGUGGUAAUUAUGCUCUUUUUAUGAUACCAAGUGACGAAACAAACAAGUCACGCGCCUAAUG